CAGGGAGGGUGAGAGAGAGAGAGAGAGAGAGAGGGAGGCUGGACAGACGCUGAAAAAUACUCACAGAAGAGGACCAAGAGACGGAAGAGGAGAGAAUUACGGGAUAUAUCGUCCCAGUGUUUCUCUCAGUCUAUCCCUCUACCACCUCCUUUAAUCUCAGGGAACCUACCCUUGGCCUGGGUGCUCUGGACGUUGCUGUGAUUGGCCGGCUGAGGCAGAGAGUGCAAUGCCGAUUGGACAAUGUCGGGAGAUUGGGAGGAACACCUGUGUAAAAAGGCCCUCAUUCUGGUGGAGGAGCUCUGCUUCCACUCGUCGAGGGGCUACAGCCAGAACAAGCGCUGUCAGGAAUUCGAUUACCUGCGGAACGGCCACAACAGGCCGACAGACUCUGACAUCUCUGUGAGCCUGCUCUCCGUCAUUGUGACAUUCUGUGGCAUCGUGCUCCUCUCUGUGUCCCUCUUUGUCUCGUGGAAGUUAUGCUGGCUUCCCUGGAGGGAUAAGGAGGGGGGCGGGCUGAGUCUGACUGCGGGGCUCCUUCCUGGGGGCGGUGGAGUGAGUGGCGGGGGAGGCUCUUCCCUCCUUCCAACUCUGUUGCAAAGGAAGGAGACGCACUCCUCCUCCUCGCUGUACCCCUCCCUCUCGCAAUCGGCCCAGCACCACCCACAUUUCUCUGACAUGCUGGUGGUGGAGAGGGGCGAAGGAGGAGUGGGCGGGGUGAUUGGGGGUCCAGAGAGAGCCCCCAUCGGCGUGGUGGGGGGUCCCCAAGAGAUGCAGGAACAUUCGUACCUGGACAUGGACUGCUAUCCAAACGCCGCUGCAGGCGGCUUGAAGCUGAGCCAGACCUCUCCAGAGCUGCCCCCGUCGUCUGAGGUGGGACCCCCCUCCCAGUUUGCCAGGGAGCUGCCCAACGCUCAUUCCCAGCAGCAGGUCACAGCACGCCCACGGCCCAUGACGCACCAGCUGUCCAGCCCUGAUUUCCAUGGCGAUGAGAAGAGCGAGCAGUUGACCAGCAUCGGUCAGAUCAAGCCGGAACUGUAUAAGCCGCGGCAAGGGGAGCAGGGGGAUACUAAACAGGGCAACACCUGUGGGAAGAUCAGCUUCCUUCUGCGAUACGCCUUCAACACGGAGCAGCUGAUUGUUAAGAUCCUAAAAGCUCUUGACUUGCCAGCGAAAGACGCCAAUGGCUUCUCUGACCCAUAUGUCAAGAUCUAUCUCCUGCCAGAUAGGAAGAAGAAAUUUCAGACUAAGGUCCACAGGAAGACCUUAAACCCGAUCUUUAACGAAACCUUUCAGUUUGGGGUGCCACUCGCUGAACUUCACAACAGGAAGCUCCACUUCUCCAUCUACGACUUCGACCGCUUUUCCAGGCACGACCUCAUCGGUCAGGUGGUCGUGGACAACCUGCUGGACUUCAGCGAGGGCAGCGGGGAGAAGCCUGUGUGGAGGGACAUUGUGGAGGGGACGGCGGAGAGGGCAGACCUGGGGGAGCUGAACUUCUCCCUGUGUUACCUGCCCACAGCGGGUAGACUCACUGCCACUGUCAUCAAGGCAACCAACCUGAAGGCCAUGGACCUCACAGGCUUUUCAGACCCUUAUGUGAAAGCCUCUCUGAUCUGUGAUGGCCGUAGGCUGAAGAAGAGGAAGACAUCCACCAAGAAGAACACGCUGAAUCCCAUCUACAACGAGGCACUGGUCUUUGACAUUCCCAAUGAGAACAUCGACAACGUCUCUCUGAUCAUUGCAGUAAUGGACUAUGACUGCAUCGGUCACAAUGAGGUUAUCGGCAUGUGUCGGGUCGGGAGUGACGCCGAGGGACCUGGCAGGGACCACUGGGCGGCCAUGUUGGCCAACCCCAGGAAGCCCAUUGAGCACUGGCACCAACUGGUGGAGGAGAAGUCGAUGAGCACCUUCGUGCCGAAGACUGGUGGGAGUUCAUCCAAGCCGCACAUCGUUGUGGACAGCCCUCAUUCCGAGUAGAGCUGUGUCCUCGGUGCCAUUAUCCUUCCAGUUCCAGACCUUUCUCUUCAUCUGUAAUCUUUUUGCAACAUUUUCUGAAGGAAACUGAGAGAAGACAAGCUUAUAUAGCAGUUCUACAACUAACAAUAGUAACUCUGAUCAAUUGUCUAGAAAUAGCUUAAAGGAGCAGUGUACGUAAUUGCGCAUCACUCAUUGUAACUUGAAAAAGUGACGAAAUGUUGUGAAAAUGUUGUGCAGACACCAAAAGUAAGCUGUACUUUAAUCCUGACACACCAUAGAGAACACAGCGCAAAGCAGAUGGACACGCAUCUAAACACACCUGUGUGAUGGGAUUGAAAAUAAACCUAUGUGUUAUGGACAGUAUAUAUAAACGACUGCAUAUCAGCACUUCGGAUAUGCACUUUCUCAAAAAAUAAAAUCAAAUAUUGAAAUCUGAAAGUUAUUUUCAGAAACAUUUAAUAACUCCAAAACCCAAACAGUUUCAAAGACUUAGAAGACUGACAUUAACAGAUAUUGCAAAAUGUAUGCAUUUCAUAUUUAUUAGUUGUAAGAGUCUUCCCUGAUUUGUAAGAAGCAUUCUGAAUUUUUUUUUUAGAAAGUGGGAUCAAAAUUAAAAAUAUUUAUUUCAAAGUGCUCAUUGGCUAUAUUCCUUCAUGAAUGUUCGUCUCUAGAGAAUGUUGAGGGCAUUUUCUUUGAUUAAGAAUGUCUAGAGUUUUCUUCCAUUACUUCCGUAUAGCCAUAAUGUGAACUUUGUCACCCUGAAGCAUGUUACCAGUUUACAGCUGACAAAUGGGAGUGUUUCUGUGGGUUUGGUGCAAGGACGAAUCUGACCUCAUCGCCUGAGAGGGACACGCUUGUAUUUCUGUGCAUUUACUGUACCUGGGGGAAAAAAAUGUCCUUCUAAGAAGGGUUUCGAUCAUGUAAUUUAUUUUGGUACCAUUCCUUGUUAUCGCCUGACUGAUUUUCCUUCGGGGGAGCGAGUCUAUACUCCCCACACAAUGAACAGCACUGAUGUUUUGUGCAAUCUUGUUUUUUUUUUUAUAAUUUUUUUACUGUUAGCUUGAGUUUGCGUGGGUGCCCCCAGUUUGCUGAGUGUGUUUCCUCAUGCUAUUUCCGCAUGCAGUUCCAACUUCAUGCGCAACACUAGUGUCCUUCGUGACAGCCCCUGCCCAUCAUUGACAAAUUCCUGCAAGGGAACUGUCAUGUUCCUUCCCUGUGUCUCAGAGAAGAGGAAUUUGUGUGUAACACGUUUACUUCGGGUGUCCUGUUACCCCUCAAACUGCCCCCACCCCUUUUUACAUUUGUAUUUUGUGUUAAAAUUACUUAAGAUACAUGUAUGACAGCAGUUAUACAUACAUCCAGAUUGUCUUUGACGCACAUUAAUUGAUAAACUUUUAAUGAUUAUUAAUGUCUUCUAAGGCAACUGGUGUACUAUCACCCCCCAUCCCCCCAAAAAGUGAAAUGCCUGUGAAUAAAUAAUAGCUAAGGAUAGACGCUACAUGGCAGAGGUUAUGACAUUAAGAGGGAUUAUGUCGACAUAGCGCUGAUUUUGUAAUUAUUAUCAUCAUCUUCAUUAAGUUCUCUUUUAUUUUUUCAAAUUGCUAUGGGAAUUUGUUUUGUUCUUUUUUUUGAAUUUUAUUUUAACUAAGGCAGCUACCAUUCAUGCAUACUAAGUGUUAUGAUAAUGAUGCAUUUUUACAAGUUAUCGCUACUAUUCCAGCCUCAAUUGACAGUCUAACAAAUCUAUAAAACUAUCCUUAAAUCUGUUUGAUACUAUAUUGCCAUCAUCUUCUUGACCUUAGAGCUGCUGUUGCUAUAGUUACUUUAUAUUGGUAAUUUGACAACUUUCAGACAUGGUUGAAUAAGGGUAAUGGUAGUAUGAGUUAACUUGACAGGACACACUGACCAGCCAUACGGAGUUGGUCUGAGCCUUCAAGUAAUGGAAUAAGCUUGCAGUCGAAUCUCAUGUAUUGAUAAAAUAAUGUGAGAAAUUGCUCAGGUAAAGAUUCACAAAAGCAUUUAGCUUAUGCACUAUGUCCCACGAUUCGCCUUCUCGUAAUUCCACGUGUCCUAUCAUUUUUCACCCAAUAUCAAAUGAAUUAGUUUAAUAAUAGUGAUUUCAGAGCUGGGCUUCAUCUUUGAGGUUGGACGUGUAUAUAUUUUUAUAUAAAAUCGCAGGACUUUUGUACAUCCCAUUUUCUCCAUGCUGUCUCCCCGACACUUGAACGACCUGCAGUCGUAUGUCUGUUCUCGUUGAUAUUUCGUGACCUUAGACUUCUUGUGUAGCUCUGUGUGUGCUCCUCUCUGUCUUCAGGCCUCUCUCUACCUCAUGUGCCUCUGCGUUUUUGCCGUGUUCUUACCCCCGGUGUUUUUUCUUGUUGCGUGAUCAAUCUCACCCGCCUCGUCAAUCCCCCUCCUUCCAUGUGAUAUGGACACUGAUUUCUUGUGUUUCCCAGUUCUGUGUCAGUGCUGUUCAGAAUGACUUAAAAUGUGAAAAAAAUUGUUUGCAUGCUAUACUAGCAUGAAUGAUGUCAACUUGAUUUAGUUUAAAUAACUGAUGCAAAACGUAGACAACAAACAUAAUACUAAUAUUACUAACAAUGGUAAUGGAACACUAAUUGUGAUUAUGAGAAAUCAUGAAGAUAACAUUGUUAAUACUGUACUGUCUAUCUGAAAAUGACAUUUCUGUUUUUUUAAUGUUGCGCUUUUAAUUUUGUUGGAUGAUGUGAAAAAGAAUUUUAAGUAAUAAAGAAAAGAUUCUUUAUAUAGAGAAUAAUUAUUUCAGGCAGAACAAUAGGAAUGACUCUGAUGUUCGUGAAAAUGAGACUGUGAUAGUUGAAAUAAAACAAAUGGGAUUGCUCUUAA